UGACCCGAUGAGCUUUGCGUCGUCGAAGCGUUUCUUUCGGCACAGCGCCAUGUUGGCUUUCGACCACUUAAUUUUAACUUGACACAAUGAUUAUAUGCCCCCUUUCAGUGAGCAGCCGCAGUGCCAAACGACGUGACCCGGACGCCGACGAGGACCCGGAGGAUCCGGCUCUCACGGUGGUGCCUGGAUCCUCAGAGUCGGUGUCCGGAGUCGGCCGAUACCGGGACUUCAUCGGCUGCCUACCGGUCGAUCUGUCAAAGAGGAUACUGGGUCUGUUAGAGGAGCGUACCCUGAGACGCUGCCAGAAGGUCUGCCGGUGCUGGCAGCUUCUCGCGAAGGAAACCGUGGAGGAACUCAAGUUCAGAAGGAACUUCCAGGAUCAAAUUAAGGCCAUGAUGAACAGUUGCAAAGGCAUUAAUAUAGUCAGCCCUACCUACUCCAACAUCGUGGAGGUCCUCGUACCCACAAAGGAUGACGAGGAAGCAGAUAUUCAUUCCAGUGACCAGAAGGUCAGGCCGUUUGAGGCUGCUUAUGCCAAAAUCAAAACCAGAACCGUACAAAUGGAAGAGCGAAAUGUUUAUUGUGGUGCAUAUUUUACCAAAGUGCUGCUGAACAAAGAAGACCCUCAUCGGGUGGUGGACUACAGAGGAGGAUCAUUUAUGGCCACGGGCUCCAAGGACCGCGUGCUGCACCUGUUUCAUGUGGCAUCGGAGACAAAAGUCGUGUCGGCGAUGAGGGGCCAUGUUGGCAGCAUUCGGGCGGUGCUGCUCUGCGAGGACAGGGACCUGGUGAUAACUGCGAGCCGCGAUGCCAGCAUCAGGUGUUGGAAUUUGAAGACGGACAGGUGUGAGAUGGUGCUGUAUGGUCACGCCGGCACCGUCAACUGCCUGGACGUCCAUGCUGAUAGACUUGUCUCAGGGGCUAAAGACUGUAUAGUAAAAGUGUGGAGUCUACACACAGGGAAGCAUUUUGAGGAUCUUAAUUUCAAGCACCCCGGCUCCAUUCAGUGCGUGAGGAUCAGCGCAACAGAAGUGUAUAGCAGCUGUGAUCGGGGCCUUGUCAAAAUAUGGGACAUGGAGAAGGCUGCACUGCUCAGGGUGAUUGCUGCCCACAGGAGCUCGGUGAAGUGCCUGUUCUUUGACAAAUGGCAUCUCCUGUCUGGGGACUUCAACGGUCACGUCAUGGCCUGGAGCAUCGACUGUCGUGCUAAAGAGUGUCUAAUGACCUUCAGCCACCCAAAAGAGGUCAAAUCUCUGACGCUCGUCUACCUGCGUGUUGUUACUGGCUGUGUGGACGGAAGGAUUCGCAUAUUUAAUUUCCUCACCGGAGACUGUUUGAGAGACAUCGCAGCAGAGGAUGAAACAGGCCGUAUACUGUCCCUGCACUUCCAUGACAACAGUAUAUUAGUGAGCACAACAUCCAGUGUGAAGCUGUACCAGUUCGCAAAAGUGUUCUGGGAUUACACAGAGUCAACGGAGGCAGGCCAGGGUGACGUGCUGGCUCAAGAUGGUUUGGUCUCUGAGAAAUCUGCAGCUUCAAUCAGAAAGCUUGCCUUUACCUCUUCCGGGGCAGGUCGCACCGCACGGGCGGCGUUACCCAGCCGAAAGAUGCACAACCGUAACAGCGAGAAGCCAGAGAGAGCUGGGUUCACCCGCACUACAGGUCGAACACAUGUCAGAGAGCGGCCUGAGACUGCUAAGCGGUCAGUGAUGCUGAGUGAGAAGGCCACGUGCGAACGGAUGAAGAAGAGGGGUCUUCAUCAUCCUCCGACACGUGACUACAUCCUCCUCAGAGUCAGUGCCAUUCAGAGGGCGCAGUGCACGGAUGAAGUUAGCAUCAACAUGGAGCGCAACGCGAGGCUGCGAGAUUCUUGGGGUCCUCACGCACCUCAGGAUCCUCUGCACUCUGACAUCCCGGCCCCGAAAGAGAGUCUGCGGACUCAGAUAUGUCCACGGCGGCAGACACUCGACGGUCGUCCCAGGAGGGCCAGGACCUGUGUCCCGAUUUUGACGAGAGGUGCUAGUCAAAAUAUGACGGACACAGAUGUCACCACGGCUCCUGACACCACGAGGAGACUCCACCACUGCUCGUUUUCUAAAAAAGCACAGCCUCCCAGUGCUGACCCACAGAGGGCGAUCAAGAGGGUCGGUGCCUUCACCACAAGUGCCAAAGAGGGGCCACAGGCUCCUGGGUGCAUGCUCACCAGGUCGCAGCCUAAUCCAGAACACUGCAUAAAGACUAGCGCCAGCUUGCCUAAGAUCAGCCCUUUCGGGUCCAUUCAGAGAGCUGGGAUGAUUCAGGCUGCUCCCGGUGACCUGCCUGGAAGACUGUGUCCAGGCCGAGAGGGAACUCGUGCAGAGCUGUGAACCAAAACUGUCCGAGAGGGAUAAGAGGAUUCACCAAUAGAUAAUUUAUUAUUUGUUUUUGAUUAUAUAACGUGUCAACCGAACUCUUAUCACCACUGCACAAGGGGGGUGUUGUGGACAUCUUUGUUUAUCCGACGCAGUUUAUUAUUAAAUGUGAUGUUUCGUUAAAACUCCACUAGGGGCCAGUAUUGUAUCAUCCGGUGGUGGCUGGACCAGAACCCACAGUUAUUAUGAAGUAGUUUUGUCGUAUGCUUUUGGUUAUAUUUGACUUUAUUUCUCGGGAUAUGAAUUAAACUCUUAGAUUGAUUGAAUGUUUUAGCACAAAGUUGAGUUUUAGUGUGUAUUCUGUCUUUCUCGCUUUCUUUUCUUUUUCUGAAGCUGAACGUAUCUAGACUUUCCAUUUAUGUUUGCAGUUCGUGUUGAUUAUGGGAGGGAGAAGCACACAGGUAAUUCACAGUUUUUUAUGCACUGUCUUUUACAAAGUUGAGGUAGUUUUCUUGUAUAGUUUGAUUGCUUGAAAACUUGAAAUUAAAAUGAAUUUUUAAUACUA